AUGUCGGCGGCUUUGGAGGCGGCUCAGCUGACGGCAAAGGAGGCUCUGGAGGCGAUCCAGGUGGCCUUCGAGGAGUCCGAGCGGACCAGGGCUUCCGAGAUCGGGGCUGCCGUUCAGGAGGCGAUUCAGGGCUACCGUCGGUCUACCGAGUUUUCUGCCUUGCUGGACAAGGAGGUAGGCUCGGAAAUGGCGGAACUCGUCUACCGUUUCAAGCGGCAUAACCGAAGAAAUGGUCGAGGAGUACGAGGGGAGGACAUGACCGAGGAGGUCCCAGCCGAUCCCGAAGGGGGUGCUGCCAAAGGUGAUGGUGCUGCCCCUGGUGCCGAUGAUGCUGCCGCCUGA